UCGCCAUAGCACCAGUGGUGUAGGUGGCGCUGUGCGGUCGGUCGCCUGAGCAGCUGUUGUGAUAUGGAGCGUGACCAGUGCAGUUGGCAUGUCUAAGUGCUCGUUCUUUAGCAACAGGAACAGCAUUCAAAUUUCGCUUUGAAGAUGGGGCAUUGUGGCAUUACGUCCUCGAAAACGGUCCUCGUCUUUUUGAACCUGAUAUUUUGGGCUGCUGCUGGUGUCCUGUGCUACGUUGGAGCUUAUGUCUUCAUUACCUACGAUGAUUACGACCACUUCUUUGAAGACGUGUACACCCUCGUCCCAGCUGUGAUCAUCAUAGCAGUUGGAGCUCUCCUUUUCAUCCUUGGACUGGUUGGAUGCUGUGCUACAGUGCGGGAGAGCUACUGUGGACUCACGACGUUUGUCGUCAUUCUUCUGCUGGUUUUCAUGACCGAAGUGGCGGUGGUGGUUCUUGGAUAUAUUUACAGAGCAAAGGUUGAAGAUGAUGUUAAUAGUUCCAUCAUGAAAGUUUACCACGAGUACAACGGCACAAACAGCAAUGCCCAGAGCCGCGCCAUCGACUACGUUCAGAGACAGCUUCAGUGCUGUGGGAUGCACAAUUAUUCAGACUGGCAGCACACCCACUGGUAUGAAGAAACUAAAAACAACAGCGUUCCCAUCAGCUGUUGCAAAUCCAACACUGAAAGCUGCACAGGGUCCCUCACUCAUCCUGAAGACCUGUAUCAGGAAGGUUGCGAAGCUCUUGUUGUAAAGAAAUUAAAGGAGAUCAUGAUGUACGUCAUCUGGACAGCUCUGAUAUUUGCUGCCAUCCAGAUUUUGGGAAUACUUUGUGCGUGUGUUGUGCUGUGCCGCAGAAGCAGAGAUCCUGCUUACGAGCUUCUCAUUACUGGCGGCACCCCUGCGUAAAAGAAAACCUCAUCCUCCAAGAUUUUGUGCAAUUGUUCAGAGCAUGAAGAAACCAGUCUCAUCUGAUGGGCUCAGCACACUAAUCACAGUAAACAUGUUUAUUUAAAAAAACAUUCUGCUCUACGGUUCUGAAAUGUAAUUCUCACCAUAUUCAAACUUUAUUUAUAUAAACUGAUUAAUUUCCUCACAGUAGUCGUCAUCAGGAUGUUUAUGAACCAUUUGUUUUAUUUAAAAUCUGUGAAGUACUUGAAUUGGAAAGUGAUAUAACCUCUGCUACAAUUAUUUAGAUAUAGCUGCUGUUCUGGUGGCAGAAGUCUCGGUCUAUCACACAGCAUUAUUUAAGUGUGCAUGUGCAAACUGAACUGGGCUUGGCUCAUUUGUUGUUUAGUUUUGGAUGGAAACAGUCACUGAUAAGUUAGAAGUUGUUAUCUAUUAUCUCAGAAGACUUUUAUUAUUAUCUUGCUGCUUUUUUGUUUCCAUCUCAAAAGUCUACUGAGUUAAUUAUUGGAAUGUGGUUUGUGUAAAUGUAGCAGAAGUAAUACUUGAGAAUUGAAAUAUAAAGUGUCUGAAAUAAAGGUUGGGAAUAAAGAUUAA